ACAAAACAAUAAAUGUGAGCAAUAUUUGUUGGAAAGUAGUAAAUUAGGGUGUGUGAGAUAGCUACAAUAUAACUCAACACAAGGCUACUAGGGAGUGAGAGAAAGACAGAGAAACAUUACUUUUUGGUAGUAGCAACUAGCUGGAGAAGAAAGAGAAUCUUCAUUCAUUUUUUUCUGCUCAUUUCUGUUUACACCUUUAUCGUUUAUCUCCAAGCAUUGGAGUCUGCUUUACUCCACACUCCACAACAAAGAUCGUCUGAAUUCCCUUUCCCUUCUCUUUUCACCCCUUUUUCUCCUUUCUUUUCUGGUGGGGGCACCUCAUUUUGUUUUUGACUUCAUAAUACUACUACUCCUUCACUUGGAAAAGGUGCUUUCUUUUUACUCUCUACUCUAACUUCCUUCUUAAAUUGUGCAAUUAUUGUGGCCAUUACUUUCACUUCUUAGCAAAGGAGAGUCCCCAGCUCAGCUCAGCUCAACUUUAGUUGUUGCAUUUUUCGUUUUCUAGGCUUAGUCAUUAGUUAGGGAGAGAAGGAAAAAGGGUCAUGGCAGGAGCAAAAGCAGAUGAGCCACAGCCUCACCCUCCAAAGGAUCAGCUUCCCAAUAUUUCUUACUGCAUUACUAGUCCUCCUCCAUGGCCUGAGGCCAUACUUCUUGGUUUUCAACAUUUUCUUGUGAUGCUCGGCACAACUGUGCUGAUUCCCACUGCUCUUGUUCCCCAGAUGGGAGGUGGCAAUAAUGAGAAGGCAAGAGUUAUUGAAACGCUACUUUUUGUAGCUGGUAUUAACACAUUGUUGCAAACAAUGUUUGGAACUCGACUGCCUGCAGUUAUUGGAGGGUCUUACACCUUUGUUCCAACCACAAUCUCUAUUAUCCUCGCUGGCCGAUUCAGUGGUGAACCAGAUCCUAUAGAGAAAUUUAAGAGGAUAAUGAGGUCAAUCCAGGGUGCUCUUAUUGUUGCUUCAACUCUUCAAAUAGUACUGGGCUUCAGUGGUCUUUGGAGGAAUGUUGCAAGGUUCUUAAGUCCACUUUCAUCAGUUCCUUUGGUAUCUCUUGUUGGUUUUGGGCUGUAUGAGUUAGGAUUCCCUGGGGUUGCUAAAUGUGUAGAGAUCGGACUGCCUCAGCUUAUAUUGAUCGUAUUUGUUUCACAGUAUGUGCCUCACGUGCUACAUUCGGGGAAAAAUAUCUUCGAUAGAUUUGCUGUGAUAUUUACAGUUGUAAUUGUGUGGAUAUAUGCUCAUCUACUUACUGUUGGAGGGGCCUAUAAUGAUGCUCCACCUAAAACUCAAAUAUCCUGCCGCACUGAUCGUGCUGGACUUAUAGAUUCUGCUCCUUGGAUAAGAAUUCCAUAUCCCUUUCAAUGGGGAGCACCUUCCUUUGAUGCAGGUGAAGCGUUUGCCAUGAUGAUGGCAGCUUUUGUUGCUCUUGUAGAGUCCAGUGGAGCUUUCAUUGCUGUAUAUAGGUAUGCAAGUGCAACACCAUUACCACCAUCAAUUCUCAGCAGGGGUAUUGGUUGGCAGGGAGUUGGCAUUCUGUUAUCAGGAUUGUUUGGAACAGUCAAUGGAUCUUCUGUUUCCGUAGAGAAUGCAGGUCUGUUGGCUUUGACACGGGUUGGAAGUAGGAGAGUGGUGCAAAUAUCUGCUGGAUUUAUGAUUUUCUUUUCAAUUCUUGGAAAAUUUGGAGCAGUUUUUGCCUCAAUUCCACCUGCCAUUAUUGCUGCCCUCUACUGCUUGUUCUUUGCUUAUGUUGGUGCCGGUGGUCUCAGUUUUCUUCAGUUCUGCAACCUCAACAGUUUUAGAACAAAAUUCAUUUUAGGCUUCUCAAUCUUCUUGGGCUUGUCUGUUCCACAGUACUUCAAUGAGUACACAGCCAUUAAUGGUUAUGGUCCAGUCAACACAGGCGCAAGAUGGUUCAAUGAUAUUAUCAACGUGCCAUUCCAAUCAAAAGCAUUUGUUGCGGGUGUUGUGGCAUAUUUUCUAGACAACACUUUAUUUAAGAGAGAAGGAAGCAUUAGGAAGGACAGAGGGAAACAUUGGUGGGACAAGUACAAGUCCUUCAAGGGUGACACAAGAAGUGAGGAGUUCUAUUCACUGCCUUUCAAUCUAAACAAGUACUUCCCCUCUGUUUGAUUCUCUGCACAAGACAAGACCUCUCAUAUAAAGGUGCCUUCUUCAUCUUCACCACGCUCCACUUCUCAUAUUCAAUUAAAUCUUCUUCUUACACGCCAUAGCUCUCUCUAUCAAUACUCCACCCUAUUGUAUUGUUAUAUUUAUAGCAUUUUCUAAUACAUUUCUUUUAUGCCUCUUGUUUUUGUAAAUCUCAUCAAGAAAUAUCGACUGAUGUAGCAAAUGCGCAUGGCUAAAUUAUCAAUGUCUUCUUCUUCUUCUUCA